AUCUUUCCAGAAAAUACUUCUGAGCUGAAGCAACGAGUAGAGGGCGGCGGGUUCUCUGCAAGCUUAGCGCGCAUUUUCUCUCUUUCAACAGGACCAAAGUUGACAUUUUCCUUACACGUCAUUCCAUUUAGUGUGCUGUAGUUGCGUGGACUUCCCACGGAAAGAGAAGGAGGAGAGAGAGAUAGAAGAUGACGUCCAGGACUAUUGAUUACAGUGUGUGGGACCACAUCGAAGUAUCGGAUGACGAGGAUGAGACUCACCCCAAUAUCGACACGCCGAGCCUCUUCCGAUGGAGGCAUCAGGCGCGUGUGGAGAAACAGGUGGCCUUCGAGGAGAAAGGAGAGGAGCUGGAGAGGAACAUGGCAGAGUGUAAGAGACGUCUGGAAGAGGUGCAGUACAGAGUGAAGGAGUUAGAAGAGGAAGGAAAGAAGGAGGGAGAGGAGGAGAGGAAGACGGCGCUGAGCAAGGCCCAGGCCGAGGAGAAGAAAUACAGAAAGGAUCAACGCUUGUGGGAGAAGAAGAUGGAGGAACAUCGGAGAGAGGAGAAAAAGAUGCCUUGGAACGUUGACACGCUCAGCAAAGAGGGAUUCAGCAAGAGUAUGUUGAACAUCAAGCCGGAAGCGACAGAAGAGACUGAGGAACAGAAGGAGGAGAAACACCAGACUUUUGUGGAGAAACACAAGAAAGAGAUCAAACACUUUGGGAUGCUUCGGCGUUGGGAGGACAGUCAGAAGUACCUGUCUGACCACCCUUACCUGGUGUGUGAAGAGACGGCUAACUUCCUGGUUAUCAUGUGUAUCGACCUGGAGGUGGAGGAGAAACAUGGUUUGAUGGAUCAGGUAGCCCAUCAGACCAUAGUGAUGCAGUUCAUCUUAGAGUUGGCUAAGAGCCUGAAGAUCGACCCUCGAGGAUGCUUCAGAGAGUUCUUCCAGAAGAUCAAGACUGCAGACCAGCCCUAUCAGGAGGCCUUUACUGAUGAGCUGGAGUCAUUUAAAGAGAGGGUUCGAGGCAGGGCUAAGAUCAGGAUACAAAAGGCUAUGGAGGAGUAUGAGGAGGAGGAGAGACAGAACAGACUGGGGCCUGGUGGACUGGACCCUGUGGAAGUCUACGACACUCUGCCAGAGGAAAUGAAGAAGUGUUUUGAUGAUAAAGACAUCUCAAUGCUGCAGGAAGCUAUCAGCAAGAUGGACCCCAUGGAGGCAAAGGGCCACAUGAAGAGGUGUAUUGACUCAGGACUCUGGGUUCCCAACGCCAAUACCGACAACGAAGAGGACAAAGAAGAAGACGAGGAAGAGGACAAAGAAGACGAGGAAGAACCAGAGAAGGAGGAAGAGGCGGAGGAGGAGAAAUGACUCUGUCAUGAAUUGAAUCCUUCCGUUAGACUUUUGACCUUUUCAGACCUAGCUACACCCUUUACUAGCGUUAGCUUGCCUUAUUGAAAACAUGCUGUGAAGAUGCUAACUUCCCUAGCGUUAAUUGGGCUAGUAUCACUAGCAUUAGCCUGACCCAUUGAAAACCUGCACCGGGCCAGUAUUUACAAAGAGUCUCAGAGUAGGACUGCUGAUCUUCCCUUGUACAACAUCAUAUGUACAAGGGAACCUGAUUCUAGAUCAGCACUCCUAUUGGAUAUGAUCUGAACAACAUCACAUGUACAGGGGGACCUGAUCCUAGAUCAUCACUCCUAUUCUAAGAUGAUUUAUGAAUUUGUGCCUGGGGUGAAGUUUCCCCUAGGUACAGAUCUAGGAUCAGAUUUCCCUCCCCCAAUCCUGACGUUAACCAUUUGGGGAAAAAUGCUAAACUUCACCCUGCUCCCGUUUCUACCCAUAGUCCCUUUCUCCAUGACCCCAUCUUUAUAUUAACCCCUCCACCUCCACCUCAGUUCUUAUCCCUGUCGUCGUUUCUACCCAUAGUCCCUUACUCCAUGACCCCAUCUUUAUAUUAACCCCCUCCACCUCCACCUCAGUUCCUAUCCCUGUCGUCGCUUCUACCCAUAGUCCCUUUCUCCAUGACCCCAUCUUUAUAUUAACCACCUCCACCUCAGUUCUUAUCCCUGUUGUCGCUUCUACCCAUAGUCCCUUUCUCCAUGACCCCAUCUUUAUAUUAACCCCCUCCACCUCCACCUCACUUCUUAUCCCUGUUGUCGCUUCUACCCAUAGUCCUAUCUUUAUAUUAACCCCCUCCACCUCACUUCUUAUCCCUGUUGACGCUUCUACCCAUAGUCCCAUCUUUAUAUUAACCUCCCACCUAAUUUCCGGUUUAAUAGCACAUGAUCUGUUUGAUUUUGUUUUAUAGGUGUAGUUCCACCCUCCACUCCCUCCCCUUCUAGUCACCGAGAACCGGCUUUUGAACUGUUACCUAGAACUUAGAACCGCUACCCAACAGAAACUCAUUCAAAACUGCUCAACCUCGGUUUUAAACCCUCCAACCAAUCUCACCUCCAUCCCCUCUGAACCAAACUAUCUCUCUCUCAGGCCUCUCUCUGUCUCUCCGCAUGGGUCAAACCGGUUCAAACCACUUUAAACCAGAUGAAACAGGUUAAAACCAGUGCAAUUCUGAUCGGAGCUCCUCGCUGCAGCUGGGACAGAGUGGGUGUGGUCUGUCAGUUGACUCCACCCCCUUUCGUUAUUACAGUUGUGUGUCUCUUGCUUAGUAAAGUUGGGCUGCAAAAACAA